GUGGCCCUCACCCUCCCUCAAGCCAAGCAGGCUCCUCUUUCCUCUGCAGGGCACACACACCCUUAAAGCUGCCAGUUGACCCUGAACUGAGCAAUCACUCAGAAGACCAGACAUCAACUCAGACUUGUUCUCUCAGUCUGUGGCCUGGGAUCUACUUCUGAGGAAGUGGCAUUAAAUGAGCUCUCAGAGGCCUCCCAGCAGUGACCCAGAAUGAGGAAGGAGCUGGGGCCAUACCAGAGUCAGAGCUGGACCGGGAGCACGGCAGGGCCCAGCCAUCCACAGCCUCCAAUUUCAGUACUCUCUAACAACCUGAGAGCCUGAGCCUUCGGAUCUUCUUGAUUCCUACUUUGAUAAAGAGAGGGAUGGGGUGGAAGGACCUGGCAUAGAGAUUGGACCAGUCCAGCAUUGACAGAGCCAGGACCUGGGGUCGGGAACUGAGCUCAGCUCCAGGCUCAUCUGAAGUCACCCUGACAGCCUGAGGAUGGAGACCUUAUUUCCGUUAACAGGCAUGGCGGUUGGCAGGGACUGGCCCCAGCUGAGCACGUUUUCCAAGUACACAGCUGGGAAUUAAGUCUUCUCUGCCGCCCUCCCCUGCAGUCUUGCCUGGAUCCCCCCAGUCAUCUACUCCCAGUACCAAAAACUCCUGUAUUCUUGAAAAUCCCUAGUACUGAGAGGUGACAGCUUGCUGGCAGUCCUCAACAGCCCUCGCUCGCUCUCGGCGCCUCCUCUGCCUGGGCUCCCACUUUGGCGGCACUUGAGGAGCACUUCAGCCCACCGCUGCACUGUGGGAGCCCUUUUCUGGGCUGACCAAGGCUGGAGCCCGCUCCCUCAGCUUGCACGGAGGUGUGGAAGGAGAGGCGCGAGCGGGAACCGGGGCUGCGCGCGCGGCACUUGCGGGCCAGCUGGAGUUCCGGGUGGGCGUGGGCUCGGCGGGCCCUGCACUCGGAGCAGCCGGCCGGCCCUGCCGGCCCCGGGCAAUGAGGGGCUUAGCACCCGGGCCAGCGGCUGCGGAGGGUGUACUGGGUCCCCCAGCAGUGCCGGCCCACCGGCACUGCGCUUGAUUUCUCGCGGGGCCUUAGCUGCGUUCCCGACGGGCAGGGCUCGGGACCGCCAUACCUGAGCCUGCCACCCCCUCCGUGGGCUCCUGUGCAGCCGGAGCCUCCCCGACGAGCACCUCCCCCUGCUCCAGGGCGCCCAGUCCCAUCGACCACCCAAGGGCUGAGGAGUGCGGGCGCACGGCGCGGGACUGGCAGGCAGCUCCACCUGCAGCCCCGGUGCGGGAUCCACUGGGUGACGACACCUGGGCUCCUGAGUCUGGUGGGGACGUGGAGAACCUUUAUGUUUAGCUAAGGGAUUGUAAAUACACCAAUUGGCACUCUGUAUCUAGCUCAAGUUUUGUAAACACACCAAUCAGCACCGUGUGUCUAGCUCAGGGUUUGUGAAUGCACCAAUUGACACUCUGUAUCUAGCUAGUCUGGUGGGGCCUUGGAGAACCUUUGUGUCCACACUCUGUAUCUAGCUAAUCUGGUGGGGAAGUGGAGAACCUUUGUGUCUAGCUCAGGGAUUGUAAACACACCAAUCAGCACCCUGUGUCUAGCUCAGGGUUUGUGAAUGCACCAGUUGACACUCUGUAUCUAGCUAGUCUGGUGGGGCCUUGGAGAACCUUUGUGUCCACAUUCUGUAUCUAGCUAAUCUGGUGGGGAAGUGGAGAACCUUUGUGUCUAGCUCAGGGAUUGUAAACCACCAAUCAGCGCCCUGUCAAAACAGACCACUCCCCUCUACCAAUCAGCAGGAUGUGGGUGGGGCCAGACAAGAGGAUAAAAGCAGGCUGCUAGAGCCAGCAGUGACAACCCUGUGGGUCCCUUUCCACACUGUGGAAGCUUGGUUCUUUCCCUCUGCAAUAAAUCUUGCUACUGCUCACUCUUUGGGUCCACACUGCCUUUAUGAGCUGUAACACUCACCUUGAAGGUCUGCAGCUUCACUCUUGAAGCCAGCGAGACCACGAGCCCACCGGGAGGAAAGAACAACUCCAGACCCACUGCCUUAAGAGCUGUAACACUCACCGGGAAGGUCUGCAGCUUCACUCCUGAGCCAGUGAGACCACGAACCCACCAGAAGGAAGAAACUCCGAACACAUCUGAACAUCAGAAGGAACAAACUCCAGACACGCCGCCUUUAAGAACUGUAACACUCACCGCGAGGGUCCGAGGCUUCAUUCUUGAAGGCAGUGAGACCAAGAACCCACCAAUUCCGGACACAGUACCAUGAAGGAAUGAAAAUACAUAACAAUGUGAUGUAUCAUGUUUUAUUUCCUAGACUAGUGACAAAUGAAAGCUAAGUGUAGCAAGGGUGCAGGGACACAGGCACAUUUGUGGACUAGGUGUGAGUGUAAGCUGGGUUCGAUGGUCUUUUGGCCAACAUAGUGAACCCCUGUGUCUACUAAAAAUACAAACAUUAGCCAGGCGUGGUGGUGCAGGCCUGUAGUCCCAGCUACAUGGGAGGCUGAGGUGGGAGUAUCGCUUGAACCUGGGAGACGGAGGUUGCAGUGAGCCGGGAUCACACCACCGCUCACCAAUCUGAGCCACAGAGAGACUGUCUAAAAAAAUAAACCACAAGGAAGGGAGGGAGGAAAGAGAAAGAGAGAAAGGAAGGAAAGAGAAAGCAGGAAGGAAGGAAGAAAAGAAGAAGAAAGAAGACGAAAGAACGAAAGAAAAGGAAAGAAAGAAGGAAAGAAGAGAGAAGAAGAGAACAGGAGGGGCAGGUGCCCCUGGGAAGGGGAGAAGAUCAAGACGCGCCUGGAAAGCGGACUCUGAACCUCAAGACCCUGUUCACAGCCAAGCGCGCGACCCCGGGAGGCGUCAACUCCCCAAGCGCCUCCCUCAACUCAUUUCCCCCAAGUUUCGGUGCCUGUCCUGGCGCGGACAGGACCCAGAAACAAACCACAGCCCGGGGCGCAGCCGCCAGGGCGAAGGUUAGUUCCGGUCCCUUCCCCUCCCCGCCCCACUUGGACGAGCUUGCGGAGGAUUGCGUUGACGAGACUCUUAUUUAUUUUUUGUCACCAACCUGUGGCGGAAUUUGCAGUUGCAUAUUGGAUCUGAUUCGCCCCGCCCCGAAUGACGCCUGCCCGGAGGCAGUGAAAGUACAGCCGCGCCGCCCCAAGUCAGCCUGGACAGAUAGAUCAGCACGCGGCCCGAGAACCCCGCAAUCUCUGCGCCCACAAAAUACACGGACGAUGCCCGAUCUACUUUAAGGGCUGAAACCCACGGGCCUGAGAGACUAAGAGCGUUCCCUACCGCCAUGGAACAACGGGGACAGAACGCCCCGGCCGCUUCGGGGGCCCGGAAAAGGCACGGCCCAGGACCCAGGGAGGCGCGGGGAGCCAGGCCUGGGCUCCGGGUCCCCAAGACCCUUGUGCUCGUUGUCGUCGCGGUCCUGCUGUUGGUCUCAGCUGAGUCUGCUCUGAUCACCCAAGAAGACCUAGCUCCCCAGCAGAGAGCGGCCCCACAACAAAAGAGGUCCAGCCCCUCAGAGGGAUUGUGUCCACCUGGACACCAUAUCUCAGAAGACGGUAGAGAUUGCAUCUCCUGCAAAUAUGGACAGGACUAUAGCACUCACUGGAAUGACCUCCUUUUCUGCUUGCGCUGCACCAGGUGUGAUUCAGGUGAAGUGGAGGUAAGUCCCUGCACCACGACCAGAAACACAGUGUGUCAGUGCGAAGAAGGCACCUUCCGGGAAGAAGAUUCUCCUGAGAUGUGCCGGAAGUGCCGCACAGGGUGUCCCAGAGGGAUGGUCAAGGUCGGUGAUUGUACACCCUGGAGUGACAUCGAAUGUGUCCACAAAGAAUCAGGCAUCAUCAUAGGAGUCGCAGUUGCAGCCGUAGUCUUGAUUGUGGCUGUGUUUGUUUGCAAGUCUUUACUGUGGAAGAAAGUCCUUCCUUACCUGAAAGGCAUCUGCUCAGGUGGUGGUGGGGACCCUGAGCGUGUGGACAGAAGCUCACAACGGCCUGGGGCUGAGGACAAUGCCCUCAAUGAGAUCGUGAGUAUCUUGCAGCCCACCCAGGUCCCUGAGCAGGAAAUGGAAGUCCAGGAGCCAGCAGAGCCAACAGGUGUCAACAUGUUGUCCCCAGGGGAGUCAGAGCAUCUGCCGGAACCGGCAGAAGCUGAAGGGUCUCAGAGGAGGAGGCUACUGGUUCCAGUGAAUGAAGGUGAUCCCACUGAGACUCUGAGACAGUGCUUCGAUGACUUUGCAGACUUGGUGCCCUUUGACUCCUGGGAGCCGCUCAUGAGGAAGUUGGGCCUCAUGGAUAAUGAGAUAAAGGUGGCUAAAGCUGAGGCAGCGGGCCACAGGGACACCUUGUACACGAUGCUGAUAAAGUGGGUCAACAAAACCGGGCGAGAUGCCUCUGUGCACACCCUGCUGGAUGCCUUGGAGACGCUGGGAGAGAGACUUGCCAAGCAGAAGAUUGAGGACCACUUGUUGAGCUCUGGAAAGUUCAUGUAUCUAGAAGGUAAUGCAGACUCUGCCAUGUCCUAAGUGUGAAUCUCUUCAGGAAGUCAGACCUUCCCUGGUUUACCUUUUUUCUGGAAAAAGCCCAAUUGGAGUCCAGUCAGUAGGAAAGUGCCACAAUUGUCACAUGACCGGUACUGGAAGAAACUCUCCCAUCCAACAUCACCCGGUGGAUGGAACAUCCUGUAACUUUUCACUGCACUUGGAAUUAUUUUUAUAAGCUGAAUGUGAUAAUAAGGACACUAUGGAAAUGUCUGGAUCAUUCCAUGUUUGUGCGUACUUUGAGAUUUGGUUUGGGAUGUCAUUGUUUUCACAGCACUUUUUUAUCCUAAUGUAAACGCUUUAUUUAUUUAUUUGGGCUACAUUGUAAGAUCCAUCUACACAGUUGAUGUCCGACUUCACUUGAUACUAUAUGAUAUGAACCUUUUUUGGGCGGGGGGUGUGGGGCAGUUCACUCUGUCUCCCAGGCUGGAGUGCAAUGGUGCAAUCUUGGCUCACUAUAGCCUUGACCUCUCAGGCUCAAGCGAUUCUCCCACCUCAGCCAUCCAAACAGCUGGGACCACAGGUGUGCACCACCACGCCCGGCUAAUGUUUUGUAUUUUGUCUAGAUAUGGGGGCUCUCUAUGUUGCUCAGGGUGGUCUCGAAUUCCUGGACUCAAGCAGUCUGCCACCUCAGACUCCCAAAGUGGUGGAAUUAGAGGCGUGAACCCCCACGCCUGGCCUUACCAUUCUACUUUUAUAAUUCUGUAGGUUAUUAUUUUAUGAACAUGAAGAAACUUUAGUAAAUGUACUUGUUUACAUAGUUAUGUGAAUGGAUUAGAUAAACAUAAAAGGAGGAGACAUACAAUGGGGGAAGAAGAAAAAGUCCCCUGUAAGAUGUCACUGUCUGGGUUCCAGCCCUCCCUCAGAUGUACUUUGGCUUCAAUGACUGGCAACUUCUACAGGGGCCAGUCUUUUGAACUGGACAACCUUACAAGUAUAUGAGUAUUAUUUAUAGGUAGUUGUUUACGUAUGAGUUGGGACCAAAGAGAACUGGAUCCACGUGAAGUCCUGUGUAUGGCUGGUCCCUACCUGGGCAGUCUCAUUUGCACCCAUAGCCCCCAUCUAUGGACAGGCUGGGACGGAGGCAGACGGGUUAGAUCACAUAUAACAAUAGGGUCUAUGUCAUAUCCCAAGUGAACUUGAGCCCUGUUUGGGCUCAGGAGAUAGAAGACAGAAUCUGUCUCCCACGUCUGCCAUGGCAUCAAGGGGGAAGAGUAGAUGGUGCUUGAGAAUGGUGUGAAAUGGUUGCCAUCUCAGGAGAAGAUGGCCCGGCUCACUUCUGGUUAUCUGUCACCCUGAGCCCAUCAGCUGCCUUUUAGGGUACAGAUUGCCUACUUGAGGACCUUGGCCGCUCUGUAAGCAUCUGACUCAUCUCAGAAAUGUCAAUUCUUAAACACUGUGGCAACAGGACCUAGAAUGGCUGACGCAUUAAGGUUUUCUUCUUGUGUCCUGUUCUAUUAUUGUUUUAAGACCUCAGUAACCAUUUCAGCCUCUUUCCAGCAAACCCUUCUCCAUAGUAUUUCAGUCAUGGAAGGAUCAUUUAUGCAGGUAGUCACUCCAGGAGUUUUUGGUCUUUUCUGUCUCAAGGCAUUGUGUGUUUUGUUCCGGGACUGGUUUGGCUGGGACAAAGUUAGAAUUGCCUGAAGAUCACACAUGCAGACUGUUGUGUCUGUGGAGUUUUAGGAGGGUGGGGGGGGGGGGUGACCUUUCUGGUCUUUGCACUUCCAUCCUCUCCCACUUCCAUCUGGCAUCCCAUGCGUUGUCCCCUGCACUUCUGGAAGGCACAGGGUGCUGCUGCCUCCUGGUCUUUGCCUUUGCUGGGCCUUCUGUGCAGGACGCUCAGCCUCAGGGCUCAGAAGGUGCCAGUCUGGUCCCAGCUCCCUUGUCCCUUCCACAGAGGCCUUCCUAGAAGUUGCAUCUAGAGUGUCAGCCUUAUCAGUGUUUAAGAUUAUUCUUUUAUUUUUAAUUUUUUGAGACAGAAUCUCACUCUCUCGCCCAGGCUGGAGUGCAAUGGUACGAUCUUGGCUCAGUGCAACCUCCGCCUCCUGGGUUCAAGCGAUUCUCGUGCCUCAGCCUCCGGAGUAGCUGGGAUUGCAGGCACCCGCCACCACGCCUGGCUAAUUUUUGUAUUUUUAGUAGAGACGGGGUUUCACCAUGUUGGUCAGGCUGGUCUCGAACUCCUGACCUCAGGUGAUCCACCUUGGCCUCCCAAAGUGCUGGGAUUACAGGCGUGAGCCACCAGCCAGGCCAAGCUAUUCUUUUAAAGUAAGCUUCCUGACAACAUGAAAUAAUUGGGGGUUUUGUUGUUUAGUUACAUUAGGCUUUGCUAUAUCCCCAGGCCAAAUAGCAUGUGACACAGGAUAGCCAUAGUAUAGUGUGUCACUCGUGGUUGGUGUCCUUUCAUGCUUCUGCCCUGUCAAAGGUCCCUAUUUGAAAUGUGUUAUGAUACAAACAAGGAAGCACAUUGUGUACAAAAUACUUAUGUAUUUAUGAAUCCAUGACCAAAUUAAAUAUGAAACCUUAUAUAAAAA